AAAAUCCGAGGGGGUGUAGUGUAAAAUAACAUACAUCUCUAGAUCCUGUCCGUCUACACUCGCAUACAUUCAUUCCUUCAAUCAAUCAACCCAAACUUCAUCUCAUCUCUGCUACUCAGAUCCGAUCUCAACCUGGAUCCGCAUUAACCACCGCCGUUUUUCAAAAUACAGACAACUAUGUCGAUGGUGGAUGAGCCUUUGUAUCCCAUAGCAGUACUGAUUGACGAACUAAAGAACGAUGACAUCCAGUUGAGGUUAAAUUCUAUCAGAAAGCUUUCUACGAUUGCACGUGCGUUAGGAGAAGAACGAACCAGGAAGGAAUUGAUUCCUUUCUUGAGUGAAAACAAUGAUGAUGACGAUGAAGUUCUUCUUGCAAUGGCUGAAGAGUUAGGUGUGUUUAUACCUUAUGUUGGAGGACUAGAGUACGCUCAUGUGUUGCUACCUCCUUUGGAAACCCUUUGCACGGUUGAGGAAACAUGCGUGAGAGACAAAGCUGUUGAGUCGCUAUGCAGGAUUGGAUCUCAGAUGAGAGAAACCGAUUUGGUUGAUUGGUUUAUACCUCUUGUUAAGAGGCUGGCAGCUGGUGAAUGGUUUACUGCGCGAGUUUCUGCUUGUGGACUUUUUCACAUCGCGUAUCCUAGUGCAUCGGAGAUGUUGAAGGCGGAAUUGAGGACUAUCUAUAGCCACUUAUGUCAAGAUGAUAUGCCUAUGGUUAGGAGAUCAGCUUCUACAAACUUGGGGAAAUUUGCUGCCACCGUGGAACCAGCUCAUCUCAAGACAGAGAUCAUGCAAAUAUUUGAGGAUCUUACACAAGACGAUCAAGAUUCUGUUCGUUUGCUUGCUGUCGAGGGCUGUGCUGCUCUUGGCAAGUUGUUGGAACCGCAAGAUUGUAUUGCACAUAUUCUUCCUGUGAUUGUCAUCUUUUCUCAGGACAAAUCAUGGCGCGUUCGUUACAUGGUUGCAAAUCAGCUGUAUGAGCUUUGUGAAGCUGUGGGCCCCGAACCUACCAAGACGGAUUUGGUUCCAGCAUACGUGAGGCUGCUUCGUGAUAACGAAGCCGAAGUACGUAUCGCAGCCGCUGGUAAAGUCACCAAAUUCUCUCGCAUUCUUAGUCCGGAACUCGCUGUUCAGCAUAUUCUUCCAUGUGUCAAGGAAUUGUCUUCAGAUUCUUCUCAGCAUGUUAGGUCGGCUCUUGCAUCUGUUAUCAUGGGCAUGGCCCCUGUUUUAGGCAAGGAUUCAACUAUUGAUCAACUUCUCCCUAUAUUUCUGUCACUUCUAAAAGACGAGUUUCCAGAUGUGCGUCUGAAUAUUAUUAGUAAGCUGGAUCAAGUGAAUCAGGUGAUUGGAAUCGAUCUUUUGUCUCAAUCAUUGCUUCCGGCAAUUGUGGAGCUAGCUGAAGAUAGGCAUUGGAGGGUUCGUUUGGCUAUAAUAGAAUACAUACCUUUAUUAGCAAGUCAGUUAGGUGUCGGGUUUUUUGAUGAUAAACUCGGUGCUCUCUGCAUGCAAUGGUUACAGGACAAGGUUUACUCCAUCAGAGAAGCUGCUGCUAACAACCUGAAACGCCUUGCAGAGGAAUUCGGGCCAGAUUGGGCCAUGCAGCAUAUUGUUCCGCAGGUGUUGGAAAUGGUUAACAACCCACAUUACUUGUAUCGUAUGACAAUUCUUAGUGCAAUUUCUUUACUCGCCCCUGUUAUGGGCUCAGAAAUCACAUGUUCUAAGCUGCUUCCUGUGGUCGUUACCCUAGCCAAAGACAGAGUGGCAAAUAUCAGGUUUAAUGUGGCGAAGGUGUUGCAAUCAUUUAUUCCUAUCGUUGACCAAUCUGUGAUGGAGAAGACGGUUAGGCCAUGUUUGGUUGAGCUGGCAGAGGAUCCCGAUGUGGACGUGCGUUAUUUCUCGAAACAAGCACUUGAAGCGAUCGAUCAGGUGAUGAUGUCUACCUAAAGCAAAUUUCCGUCAAAUUUGGUGCCACCGAUUAUCGACAUUGUUGUGAUGUCAAUGUGCUACAUUGUCUUAUACAAGCACCAAACAUAGAUACAAUUAGUCUAUUUUGGCCUCGGUUUUUUGUUUUGAAAUUUAGCAGACGGUAUCAUGUGUCAUGAGUAUGGAUGCGGAUUAAGAUUCUUGUUUAUGUUGUUGAAACUUCGAUGUUUGUUGUCAUAGUGGGUAAUUUUGACAUGUGUUGAUAGCUUUGUUAAUCGAGAAAUGUGCUAGUUUUUGGUUGUUA